AUGACCAACCACGACAUUGAACGCAUCAAGAACCUUCUCGGUACUCAUGAAGACUUCCCAAAGAAGGGUAUUGUCUUUAAGGACAUGUUUCCCGUAUUCAAGGACCCCACAGCUGUUGAAGCCCUUAUCUCAAACAUUGUUCAUCAUAUUAACUCCACUUAUCCUGAAAAGAUUGAUGCCGUUGUUGGUCUUGAUGCACGUGGUUUCUUAUUUGGACCCUUGAUUGCUCUUCGUUUGGGAGCUGCCUUUGUUCCUGUUCGUAAGCAAGGUAAAUUACCUGGAGACUGCGUUCAAGCUACAUAUCAAAAGGAAUAUGGAGAAGAUAUCUUUGAAUUACAAAAGUCUGCACUCAAGGAAGGUGAUCGUGUGAUCAUUGUUGAUGAUUUAAUUGCCACUGGUGGGUCAGCAGCAGCAGCAGGACAGCUGGUAAAGCAGUGUAAUGCAAAGACAGUUGAAUACGUAUUCGUUAUGGAAUUGGACUUUUUAAACGGUUCCAAGGCAUUGGAUGCACCUGUUUAUUCUUUGAUUCAUUUGUAA